AUGCAGCUUAUUCUUCGGCAGAAGCCCUCUACGAAUGGCUAUACAGAGAUUGUCAAUCAAUAUCUUGCCCAGAAACUGCGCCCGUUUGUGAACUACUAUCAGGAUAACUGGUCGGAGCUGCUACCGGCUAUGGACUUCGCCUAUGCCGUCCUUGAACACGAGUCAACCGGGCUAUCUCCCUUCCAGGUGGAACGUGAUUACGAACCCCGGGUCUCCUUCGACUGGGUCUCGCCCUCGAAGCCUCGGGAUAGACCCCAGGAUCAAGCUGAAGCUCGCCAGACUGCUCGCAAUUUAGAACAGAUCUGGGACUACGCUAAGGGCCGUCCGAGCCGCAAGUUCGAUAACCAAUGGGCUGGCCCGUACGAGAUUAUUGAACAGAUUGGACAUGCCUUUAAGCUUCGCCUGCCUCCUACACUCCAAGUCCACCCCGUUUUCGCACCAGAGAAGCUCCGAAAAGUGACCGAUUUGGCGCCUAUGCCGGGUCAAAUUCGCGAUCCAGAGCCCCCGAUUGAGAUACAAGGCGAGUCUGAAUGGCUUGAAGGGUAUCCCCCCGACCCUGCGUGGUAUCCUGCCUCUAAUUUCCGCAACGCUCCGCUCAAGUUGCAGGAAUUUCAUGAUCAAUAUCCUGAGAAGCCUGGCUCUCCUCGGCGCCUGGCUAACUGGCUCGCUGCUGCAGCUAAUGACGAAUUUCUCGACGAACACGAUGAUAACGAUUUACCUGUUUAA